AUGUACAGCAAAAAAAUAUUAUAUUCAUCUUUCUUAUUUUUAAUUUUAUUAAGUGUAAUAUUUUGUAGUGAAUCAGAUACAAAUUCAUAUGAUGAAAAUGUAAAGAAGAAUGAAGUUUUUGAUGCUUUAAAUGAACAUUUAGAUAGUAUAAGUAAUAUCGUUAAGGUAAAUAUUAUGGAUGCCCUCUCUGAGAAUAACCCCUCUCUCAUAAAAAGGACAUACGAAGCUGUUGAAAUAAAUGAUGAUGAUUAUAUUCUUGAAUAUGUAGGAGAUUGUACUGGCAAAUAUGGAGAAGGUUCUAUCUCUUUUGAUGAAAAUAAGAAAUACAAUUAUAGAAAGUAUUUAGAUGUAGAAAGUGAAUUACAAAAAGUGAAAGGUCAAGAUGAUGACGAUGAGGAUGAGGAGGAUGAAGAUGAUGAUGAAGAUGAUGAAGAGGAUAAUAAUAAAUAUAAUGAUAAACAUAAUGAUAAUGAUGAUGAUAAUAAAUUAUAUAAAAAUAAUGAUAAGUAUUCAAAUCAGAAAAAAGAUAAUUUGAAGGGACCACAUUUUAAACAAACACAUUAUAUAUAUGCAUCCAAUGAAGAUGAUAAUGAAACAAGUAGGUUGCCAAAAAAACAAGUACAUAAAAAGGAUGAAAGAUUAAAUAAUGAAUCAAAAACAAAUUUAAGAAAACAAGAACAUAAAGAAAAAUCAAACGAAUAUCCUAAUAAUGGAUUAUCUGUAGUUCAAAUAUCUAUAGUAACUAAUGAAGAUUUUUUAAGAAAAGUUAAAGAAAGAAAUAAACAGAAAAAUAAAAAAACAAAAAAAAAUGAAUAUGAUACUGAUGAAGAAUCAGAAAGUUCAGAGGAUACAAGUAAAGAUUCGUAUUCAUCUGAUCCAUCUACUAUUCAUGAUCAAAAUGAAAAUGAAAAUGAAAAUGAAUAUGAAAAUCAAAAUCAAAAUCAAAUUAAAAAUCAAAUUCAAAAUCAAAAUCAAAAUCAAAAUUGCAUUUCUUGCAAACAACGUUCAGAUACUAAUUCAAAUUUAAAUAAUGAUAAUUCAAAGAAGGAACAAGAUUCUCAUAUUAAUAAUGUAGAAAACGGUUCUCAGAAAAAUUUAGAAAAAAAUCCUUGCAAUGAUCAUCACAAACAUGUUAACCAAGAAUCAUUAUCAAUGUAUUCUAAAGAUAAUAUGAAUAGGAAGAAUGAUAAAAAAAAUAAUGGAGAUCUUUAUAAUAUAAAAAAAGAUAAUGAUCUAUCUGAAUUCGAAAAAUUUGAUAAAACAUAUUACGAAUUUUUUUCAAAUGGACAUGAUCCAUUCUCAAUAAUAACAACAUCUAGAUAUGAAAAUGAAAUAUUAAAUGAUAAUUAUAAAAACUAUAAUUUCAAUGAACAAGAAAUAAGACUUAUUCAAAGCAUGAUAAAUACAUUUAUUUAUACAUACAAAUUAAAUUAUGCAAAAAAUAAAUCUAUAUCUAAAUUAUUUAAAGAUAAAUUACUUAAAAAAAAUUUCCGUAAAUAUUUUACAAGUUAUAUAUAUUCAAUUUUUAAUUAUGGAAAGACACAUAAAUUUAUAAUACCUUAUAAUAAAGAUAAUGAUCAUGUGUAUAGAAAAUUAUUUGAUGAAUCUGUAGAAAUGAUGGAUCUACUUAUAAACAAAAUGGAAUUAUCAUUUAAGCACCUGAAAUUAUAA